AUGGCUUUUGAAGAGUUUUGCGGAGGUCCUUUCUGGGACGGACAGCUAGAAUGGCGCGAGAGCGACCCAGACCUGACGUUCUGCUUCCAACGAGUGGCUCUUCAAUGGAUUCCUUGCUUCUUCCUGUACGUGUUUUCUAUCUACGAAGUGUACAAAUAUCGAACGUCUCGGUUUCGAGACAUCCCCUGGAAUUGGUACAAUCUCUCGAAGAUGCUGAUAACCUUUGUGCUGAUGUGCCUCAAUUGGAUCGAUCUGGGAAUGGUGGUGAACUAUAAAGAUCAGCAGGGAUUGUUUGAUGUGCAAAUUGCAACUGCCGUUCUCAAUGCCAUUGCCUAUAUAAACAUUCUAGCACUCUACUUCUACCAGCGAAAAUAUGGAAUACGAAGCUCGGGAACUAUUUUUAUUUUCUGGUUUAUGCGAAUGUUUUUCGGUAUCAUUCAACUGCGCACCGAAGUACUGAACAAGGAAAUACGCGGAGAUAUUUCGGAUGAUGUAGUAAACUUCUGGGAAUAUCAAUACAUCAGCUAUAUUAUUCAGUACACACUGAUAUGCCUUGUUUUGGUGAUGGAACUGUUUCCCGACCGGGAACCGGAGUACAGCGACUACCCAGAGACGAAAAAUCCUAACCCGGAGUUACGGUCAAGCUUUUUCGUACGACUAUUUUUCUUCUACUUUGAUUCGUACACAUGGAAGGGCUACCGGAAUCCACUGGAAAUUGAAGAUAUGCACGACAUCAAUCCGCAGGAUGCAUCCAAAGAGUUGGUACCUCCGUUCGAUAAGUACUGGCACGAAAGUGUCGAGAAGGGAUACCGUAAACAGCAAGCAGCUAAUAAGAAGGCCGGAAAACCGGCGUCAGAGUUCAAGCCAUUCGGACAGACCAACGGGUCAGUGUUGCCAGCGAUUGUCAAAGCUUACGGAGGCCCGUUCUGGUUUGCUGGCAUAUUUCAGCUGGCAAUUUCUGGGCUUCAAUUCGCUUCACCGUAUUUAAUGCAAGAACUAAUGACGUGGAUCGCUCUACAGGGACCAGAAUGGAAAGGUAUCAUUCUAACAUUCGGACUUUUUGCUACGUCCAUGCUUGUUGCACUGCUAAAUGGCCAGUACUUUUACAAUACAUUUUUGACCGGAUUCCGUAUUAGAACGGGUUUGAUUAGCGGCAUCUACCGAAAGGCCUUGCGGAUAUCCAGUUCCGCCAAGAAAGACACGACGGUGGGAGAAAUCGUGAACUUGAUGGCAGUGGACGCGCAACGGUUCUUUGAACUUACGUCCUAUCUGCACAUUUUGUGGUCUGGACCGCUAAUAAUCGCACUCUGUCUGUAUCUGCUGUAUGAAAUUCUGGGCGUAGCCGUCUUUGCCGGGUUGGCCGUGAUGAUACUGAUGACUCCGGUAUCCGGUGUAAUGGCCACUCAGUUGCGUGACCUACAGGUCGAACAAAUGAAGAUCAAAGAUGAUCGAGUGAAACAAAUGAAUGAAAUCCUCGGAGGGAUCAAAGUGUUGAAACUUUACGCUUGGGAGAAGAGUUUCCAGGAUUCGAUUGUGAAGGUUCGCGACAAGGAAAUUGGAAUACUCAAAAAGAUGGCGUACUAUGGAGCCGGAGUUUACUUUACCUUUACGAUGGCUCCAUUCUUGGUCACCCUAAUUUCAUUUGCCGUUUAUGUUUUGAUGGAUGAGAACAACCAUUUGGAUCCACAAACUGCGUUUGUGUCGUUGGCUUUGUUCAAUAUUUUACGGUUCCCUCUAGGAUGGCUACCAAUGAUGGUGACCUUUUCGAUGCAAGCUUGGGUCUCAAUUAAGCGAAUAAAUAAGUUCAUGAACAGUGCUGAGCUGGAUCCAAGCAAUGUUAGCCAUGCUAAAAGUGAGAAUGCGCUGGACAUUAAAGAUGGAACGUUCUCCUGGGGCGACGAAACACCCACAUUAAAAAGUGUCCAUCUUUCUUUGAAGAAAGGUCAGCUAUCGGCAAUUGUUGGAGGAGUUGGAACAGGCAAAAGUUCGAUAAUAUCCGCUUUGCUGGGGGAAAUGGAGAAAAUCAGUGGAUCGGUUAAUACCGACGGAACGAUUGCCUACGUUCCUCAGCAAGCGUGGAUCCAAAACUCAACACUUAGAGAAAAUAUUGUAUUUGGAAAAAAAUUCGAUCAGAAAAAGUACGACAAAGUCAUCGAGGCUUGUGCUCUGAAGCCGGACUUAGAAAUGCUUCCGGGUGGAGACCAAACGGAAAUCGGCGAAAAGGGAAUCAAUCUUUCCGGAGGUCAGAAGCAACGUGUUGCACUGGCCCGGGCGGUCUACGCCGAUGCGGAAAUUUAUCUGUUUGACGAUCCGCUCAGUGCCGUCGACGCUCAUGUCGGUAAGCACAUCUUCGAAAAAGUAAUUGGACCCGAAGGGAUGCUUAUAGGUAAAUCCCGGUUGUUGGUGACACAUGGUAUUUCUUUCCUACCGUUUGUGGAAGAAAUUUUCGUGGUUAAAGAUGGAGAGAUCUCGGAAAGCGGUUCCUACCGAAGAUUGCUGGAUCAGAAGGGAGCAUUUGCCGAGUUCCUCACACAACAUAUACAGGAUUUGGACGAAGAAGAUGAAGAGAUGCAGCUGCUGCAGGAAGUUUUGACAGACGAAUCGGCACGUCAAAUUGUGCAACGAACUAUUUCCGCGCAGUCCAGUCAAUCGGAUGAACGUAAAAAACGAAUCAGUCGACAGGAAUCCAGACGAAGUAUAGAAAAGGACAAACCCACCGUUGUGACUGCUCAAGCAGACAAAUCAACACUGAUUGAAAAAGAAGAAUCUGCUACCGGAGCUGUGACGUUAGCCGUAUACUUAAAAUACAUCAAAGCUAUUGGAUUAUCCCUCGGACUGUGGUCGGUGAUUUUCAGCAUCCUUACCCAGGGAAGUGGUAUCUACGCCAGUCUUUGGCUAACAGAUUGGUCAGAGGAUCCGAAGGCAAUCACUGAUACUUCGGUGCGGGACAUGUAUUUGGGAGUGUACGGUGCUUUGGGAGGUUUCCAGUCAAUCGCGCUCUUCAUCAGCUCAGUGGCUCUCGGGUUGGGUUGCCUCAAGGCAGCCAAAGAACUACAUGAUAAGCUGCUGGAGAGUUCGCUCCGCAUGCCGAUGUCAUUUUUCGAUACUACACCUCUGGGUAGAAUCAUCAAUCGAUUCUCCAAAGACGUGGAUGUCAUGGACAAUGUUCUACCAGCAACGAUCCGAGCUUGGCUGUAUUUCUUCCUAAGCGUGAUUGGCGUCUUUGUUGUAAUCGGAAUUUCCACACCGAUCUUCUUAGCUGUCGUUCCUCCACUGGCCGUAAUCUACUACUUUAUUCAAAACAUUUAUAUCGCAACUUCACGACAACUGAAACGAUUGGAAUCUGUCACUCGAAGUCCCAUCUAUUCACAUUUUGGUGAGAGUAUCAACGGCCAAUCUACCAUCCGGGCGUACAACGAACAGAACCGAUUCACCAAAGAAUCGGAGGAUAAAGUUGAUUACAACCAAAAGGUGUCCUAUCCAACAAUUUUAGCAAACCGAUGGCUCUCGGUUCGUCUGGAGAUCGUGGGAAGUCUGGUAGUGCUAUUCGCUGCAAUGUUUGCCGUACUAGCUCGAGAGAAUAUCGGACCAGCAACGGUUGGUCUUUCGAUCUCGUACGCCCUGCAGAUAUCGGCUACCUUGAGUUUUAUGGUCAGGAUGACGGCUGAAGUGGAAACCAACAUCGUAGCGGUUGAACGGCUGGAAGAAUACACGGUGCUACCUCGGGAGGCUGAAUGGCAGAAAGGUGCAAUGGACAAAAAUUGGCCAUCGGAAGGAGCGGUCGAAUUUAGGGACUUCAAGAUUCGGUACCGUGAAGGUCUGGAUCUGGUCAUAAAGGGUAUUUCCCUGCACGUGAAGGGCGGGGAGAAGGUGGGAAUCGUCGGAAGAACCGGUGCUGGAAAAUCUAGCUUAACGCUUGGGUUGUUUAGAAUUGUGGAAGCUGCUGGAGGACAGAUUAUCAUCGACGGAGUCGAUAUUGCCAAAAUUGGUUUGCACCAGGUGCGGGGUCGCUUGACGAUCAUUCCACAAGAUCCGGUGUUGUUUUCCGGUAGUCUACGAAUGAACAUAGAUCCAUUCGGUGCCUAUACAGAUGAUCAAGUUUGGAAAGCAUUAGAGCUGUCACAUUUGAAGACGUUCGUGAAAGGUCUUCCGGCAGGACUGGAGCAUGAAAUCGCGGAAAACGGCGAAAAUCUUUCAGUAGGUCAACGUCAAUUGGUUUGUUUGGCUCGUGCAGUUUUACGGAAGACGAAGGUACUGAUCCUGGAUGAGGCUACGGCAGCCGUUGAUUUAGAAACAGACGACCUAAUUCAGAAAACAAUUCGCACGGAGUUCGCCGACUGCACAAUACUCACUAUUGCACAUCGUUUGAAUACAAUAAUGGACUCGGAUCGCGUAUUGGUUCUGGACAAAGGUCUAGUAGCGGAGUGCGAUUCGCCCCAGAAUUUGCUAGCCGAUAGACAGUCAGUCUUCUACGGAAUGGCUAAGAAUGCGGGUAUCGUUAGCUAG